AUGCCUCCACCUCUUGUAACUGGUAUAUCACCUCGUGAAGGUUGCCCAGGUAUAAAAAUAACGAUUCGUGGCGAACAUUUGGGUAUCGAGGAAAAAGAUUUUAUUGGCUUAAAAAUUUGUGGUGAUGAUUGUCGAGCCACAGCUGCAUGGAUUAGUCCAAAUAAAAUAAUUGCCUAUUCAGGAAAUGGCCAAGGUAAAGGUGAUGUUGUUGUUAUAACAAAAAGUGGUGGGGUUGGUUCCUGCUCCGUUGGAUUCUACGGACGAGUUGAACAAGCAGGACAAUUUCAAGAAGUUGCUGUAUGGGUUGAAGAAGAUUCAGUUGCUUUAUUUGGUCUGAAUGCAUCAAAAACACCAGCUUUUUUACCUGGUACUGGUGAUACACUUAGUGGAUCAACUACUGAUAAUUCUAGUGCAACUCCAGCAGAAGAACUUUAUGAUAUGUUUCCAACGAGUAGUACAGAUAUAACUCAACCAAAUUUCAAUCCAUACUACUAUUUACUGGCUCAUAAAUCCAAUGCAAAUUUUGAUGAAUUACGUAAAAAUCUUGAACAUCUCAAGAAAACUCGUUCUGACAAUAAAGGUGCAUCAACAACACUUGUUAAAAAUAAUAUAGCAUCAUUUAUGGAAGCCGUCGAUAUAAUGAAAGACAUACGACGUUUAUCGGCAGAUGAUCGCAAGAAAAAUUUUUAUGAACCAGUGAUAAAAUUAAUUGAAGAAAUUUCUCGUAUUGCUCAUUCCAUGUACGAUACAGAUUUAGCCCGAAAAGAUUAUUCAGACACAAUACGCAAUGCAUUAAAUGUUAUACAAAGAUAUAAAUUUAUUUUUCAUUUACCACAAACUAUUGAACGUAGUGUCAAACGAGAAGAAUACGAAAAAGUGAUCAAUGAUCUUGUACGAGCUCGCGCAGCAUUCGAAAAUGUUGAUUCGAAAGUAUUUCGCAAUAUUCAAAGAGAAGUCGAACAACAAAUUCAUAAUUUACGUACAUUAUUUCGACAACGUCUAACAGAAUUUCCAUCAUCAAUUGAUGAUCAAAAACUUUUUAUUCGUUAUUUACAUUCGCUUGAUCCAAGAGCUGAUCCAGCAUGGGAUUGUAUUAUACAUCAGAAGGCUGCACUUAUCGACGUACUUCGAUCAUGUGUAGUAGAUCCGAAACAACUUCUACAAACUAAUGAAUUAAAACUUCACAUUCAUGAUCAAGCAACAUCUUUGGUAGAUCAAGCAUGUGAUGUACUAACAACAGCUUUUCCUGAUCUAUGGUAUUUAAUACAAUUGUAUCAAAAAAAGAAACUCUAUCCCUUAUCUGAAAAAUCUGAAGAAAUCGAUCGAACUUAUAUGCAUAAACCGCCAGAGUUCUUAACAUUAACAAAAGAAAUCAUUCAAACAUUUAUUAGUGUUGUCCGACUUAAUUUAUUAAAUCGAUCAACAUUAUCAAAAUCAGAUAUGGUAUCUUCACAAGAAGGUGACCUAUACUCAAAUGCUGAUGAAACUUAUCAACGUGUUAAAACAUUACCACAUUGCAUACAGAAUUGCCGUUUAUGUGUACUGCAUCUUGCUUCACUUGAUAUACCAGCUGAUUUUAAACAAGAUUUACAACAGCUUAUGUUCGAUUUACGUUUAGAAUGUUUUAAAGUUAUCAUGGACCAUGCUUGUUUAGAAGUAUCUCGUUUAAAUACGAAUGAAACUUGGGAAUUAGAAUACGACGAACAACUUGGUUCUCAUACAAAAUUACCAAAUAUAUUUCAUGAUAUGAUUGUAUCUAAAGCAAGUAUCAUCUAUGAAAAUGUUCUUUCUGUUAAUGUAACCAAAGGCGAACGAAAAUUUUUUGAUGAUAAAGAAGCAAUAAAGCAAGCAGCCAUUGCUGUUUAUCGUUUGUUAGCUGAUUUUGCAAGUGUAUUUCAAAUUCUGAUAAAAGAUUGUUCAUCGGCACCGUCAAAUUCCAUUGAACCAUUAUCGUCGUCAACGACAAUGACAAACUCAUCUGAACAUCUAUCAAAAACAACGUGUUUAGUAAUAGUAUUCAAUAAUUUUGUUUACACACGUCGUUUUAUACUUCCACGUUUAAAAAAAAUCUUUCUUAAUUAUGGUUUUCGUGGUAUGGAUCGUGUCUAUGAGGAAAUCGAAACAAUAUAUAAACGUGUUGAUGAACAACUAUUAGAAACAGUACAAACUGAAUAUCUUCGACCAUUUUUACAUCGUUUGGAAGCUCGUAUGUAUUCCGGAAGAUUCGAUUGGGCAACACAUAUGCGUGUAACGGCAGUUAAAGAUUAUGUUAAACAUAUUAUACUUGAUUUAGCUCGUGUACACGCUGAAAUUUAUUCUAUCAGUAGUCAAUUGGUAUUUCUUGUUCUAUCGCGAAUAUUGUCAACAUUAGUUGAUGAACUGGUGAAAUUAUAUUCGAAUAUCAAUCAAUUUAGUAAAGCUGGUAGUAUGCAAGCAUGCUUAGACAUAAUUGCUUUGCAAGAAUGUCUUGGUCGUUGUAUGGAAAAUGAAACAUCAAAUAAAUUGAAAACCCUGAUAACACAAAUACCAGAAGCGGCUGAAAAUAUUAAAUCAAAAGCUUUAACUGAUAUGUUAAAUAUUUUCUUGAAACAAAUGCAACCCUAUUCAAUUGCUUUUCGCGAUGUUCUACAACAAUAA